CUCUCUCUCUCUCUCUCUCUCUCUCUCUCUCUCUCUCUCUCUCUCUCUCACUCUCCCUCCCUCCUCCGUCUCUCUCCUUCUCCCUGGAAGCGGAGGAAUAAUCGAUCUGACAUGUCGGCCAUCGACAGAGCCACCCGCGCGCUGCGGGAGAUUCUGCACAACCCUGGAAAUGACGCCUGCGCGGAUUGUGGCGCGCCAGAUCCUGACUGGGGCUCCUGCUCCCUGGGCGUGUUCAUCUGCCUGGCCUGCUCCGGGAUCCACCGCAACAUCCCCGACAUCAGCAAAGUCAAGUCCCUGAGCCUGUCGCACUGGGAGGACCAGGAGAUGCAGUUCAUGGCUGAGAACGGUAAUGAGCUGAUGAAGAGUAAAUACGAGGCUGCUGUUCCCGUCUACUACUACAAACCAACGCACAAAGACUGUCAGGUGUUGCGGGAGCAGUGGAUAAGAGCAAAGUACGAGAGGAAAGAGUUUUGCGAUCCGGGAAAGAGUUUCAUUUAUGAGGAAGGAACUAAAGACGGCCUGUUGAUGAAGAGGGGGCGGGACAACGGGCAGUUCUUCAGCAGGCGAUUCGUCCUGUCAGAGCGGGAGGGGACUCUGAAGUACUUAACUAAAUAUGACGCUAAGGAGCCCAAAGCCGUGAUCAAGGUGGACAGCAUCAACGCCAUCUUCCAGCCAGAGAAGAUCGGAAACCCCCACGGCCUCCAGAUCACGUACCUGAAAGACUACAGCACCCGCAACAUGUUCAUCUACCACGAAAACGGCAAGGAGAUCGUUGACUGGUACAAUACGAUCCGUGCAGUUCAGCUUCACUACCUGAAGGUGGCCUUUCCUGGGGCGACAGACGCUGAGCUGGUUCCCAAACUCACCCGCAACUUCCUGAAGGAGGGAUACAUGGAGAAAACAGGACCCAGGCAAACAGAAGGUUUCAAGAAGCGCUGGUUCACUCUGGACCACAGACGGCUCAUGUACUUCAAAGAUCCACUGGACGCCUUUGCCAAAGGCGAGGUCUUCCUGGGACACAGGGACCACGGUUACAACGUGUCCACCGGCUUGCCCGCUGGCACCCACUGCAACGGCGCCUGGCAGCACGGCAUCACCAUCCAGACGCCCGACCGCUACUUCCUGUUCACCUGCGAGAUGGAGAGCGACCAGCUGGAGUGGGUGAAGCACUUCAACAGCGUCAUGAGCCUGCCCAUGUCGCCCCAGGAGUACACAAUGGAGGCCAUGUUCAAGCACAGGCCCUGAGGGAGCCGAGGCCUGCUGGACGUCUCCUCUCUGUCCUUCACCGAUCUGACUCUGGACCCACAUCAGCUCUGGCACCCUCUGUAGUUUGGGGGGGGGGACUUGAGUGUCAUCACCUGCAUGGUCACACUGAAGGUUGUUGCUGGUAAUAUGAGGUUAAGGAUGUAAACAAGGACCAAGGGCAGCAUUCAUUGGUGGGAUUAAGAAAUAUAACGCAAUAUUAAUAAUGAUAAUAAUUUUAAUUAGUUGCAAAUGAUCACUUUCCAGUCAGGGCGGAAGUUACACAAAUAUCAUCUUGGAGUUUAUAUUUCUGAUGUUUGGAUUAUUAGACGUCACUCAUGCAACCAACUUUGUGAACUAUGUGGAUUUAAUUUGUAUCAUGUUAAAUAUAUUUUAGUGUUUAGAUUUAAGAUUUAAAAAAAAGUUGUAGUUAAGGUGAGAAGAGCUUUGAUGCUUUUCGUGAGAUGCUUAUUAUACAGAUCAUCUUAUUAUCAUAUCACCCCCUGGCGGCUGGAACAUAUGUUUAUGUGUUUUUCAUCUUGAUUCUGAUUUAUUUAACCUGUUAAAGACACAUCACCUUUAAUCAGAUGUGUGGGAUAAGCCAAUAGAUGGUGUAACAGCGCCUCCAUGUGGCAGACUAUGAAAACAAACUAUUUAGUUAUUUUACUUUGUUUUUAUAAAUAUCAAACAUCCAGUUGUCUUGUUGGUUUUGUUGUUAUUUCUAACUCACAUUUUGUGAUUUGGUGCCACGUUACUUUAAAGACAUUUCUGUGCUUGGCCACAUCACACAUGAAAUUAUUGAGCAUGAAUAAAAAAAGAUUUUUACAUUCA